UAUCGUCCACCAGUGGAACCAGUACAGGUUUUUCCAAGUCAAGAUGUCCGGGACAGAGACCAAGACAGAGGUGUUCACCAUCACUGAGACGGGAGAGCCGUCAGCUGAGAGGGGCAACACAAACAAAAAGAGGCGCAUCUUUGAGGAGUAUGUGCAGCCCUGCCUGGCUGAGCUGUUUGGGACCGGCCUGUUUGUGUUUGUGGGCUGUGCGUCUGUUAUCGGGAACGUGGAAACAAGUGGUGUCAUCCAGCCGGCUGUGGCACAUGGACUGGCUCUGGGAGUGCUCAUCAUGGUGCUUGGGCAAAUUAGUGGGGGGCACUUUAACCCUGCGGUGUCUCUGAGCGUCUACCUGUGUGGAGGGAUGAAGCUUCCUCUGCUGGUGCCGUAUGUCCUGGCUCAGAUGCUGGGAGGGAUGGUCGGAGCUGGUUUGACCAAGGCAAUCUUUCCCUUUUCUGUGUACGAUGCUUCUAAUGGAGGAGCCUUUGACCUUAUCACCAACGAUCUGGGUAAAACCACUCUGGCAGAAGUGAUGAUGACCCUGUUCCUCACCACGGUGGUGUGUAUGGGUGCCAUCAACAGCCAAACACGCUCACCAUUGGUGGCAUUCUGCAUCGGCCUGACUGUCACCGCCAACAUAUUUGCAGGAGGGUCGGUGUCUGGAGCCUGUAUGAACCCGGCCCGAGCCUUCGGCCCUGCAGUGGCUGCCAACCACUGGAACCAGCACUGGAUCUACUGGGUUGGACCCGUUUGUGGAGCUCUGCUCACCGUCAGCUUCACCAGAUUGCUGUUUGGUGACCAGAAAACUCGGCUUGUGUUGAAGUGAACAUGUAAUUUAUUAAAGAGGAAGACAGAGAGGACAUCGUAGCUGACCUGAGGACAGCAUUUUUAUCUGAAUGUUCAACAUUUUGUCUGUAUUAUUUAAAGUUGUCAGUAAAAUGUGUGCAAAUAUACAUUUGUCCUUGAAAGGUCUGGUUGUUGGCUCCGUCUCAAUGACAUGUUUGUAUUUCAGAUUCAAUAAAGUGUUUAAUGAUAUGAGAGAGAUCUGAUAGCUGCUCCUAACUUGGACUUUACUGACUCAAUGGCUGCUGGAAAAAAGUCAUGAGAUUUGAUUGAUAAUAAAUUCCACUCCUACAAUUUCA